GCGUCCUUCCCGACGGUCCAGCUGUCGGUCAAUGUUGACGACUUCGGCCUCAUGAGGUGGGGCGCGGAGUCGAGAGUUGUACAUGACAUCGUCGGUGCUGGUAGGGGGCUCCACAGUGAGCUCAAGGCCGCCGACCUUAGGAUCGCCGUCGACAACUCCCGAGUGCUUGGGAACGCGCCUGUGGUUAGAGCCUCGAUCGCUUCGAAGCUCCGUAGCCUUCAACCCCUGCCCGUGAGAGCUGAGAGGAACCUCGGUGUCGAUUUCUCCUCUGGGCUCGCUGGAGGGGGCAAGGCCGCGCCCACCUCCCGUGUCAAGGCCAUGUGCAAGAGACGGCAGCGCAUGUCCAUCCUCAGGGGCUCUAAGCCUCGUCGCCGCGUGCUUGGGCGCGUGGCUCGAAGUGCUCUGGAGUCGUCCGUGCUGUAUGGGUCUGCCGUGGUCGGCACUAAUGGGCAGGAGUUGGAGGUGCUUAGAAGUGCUGCUGGCAGGCUUCAAGACCAUCGCAUGGAUGGCAAAUCCCGCACCCUGGCCCUGUUGCUGGCCCCUGUGCCCCGUUUGGGCCCCGUUUUCAGGGCCACGUGGUUGCCCGUGAAGGCCUUCCUCUUCGCUCUGUGGCACUCCUGGCUUCCUAGGGGCGCCCUGGACUUUGGCCCCCGUGAGGCCCAUGAGAGACUGGUGCAUCUGGAGCACCCGUGGUCUUCCAUUCCGGGGCCUUUCAAUGCGUUGUGGGCCACCCUCAAACGCGUGGGGAUCACGGCUACUUCGGCUACCUCCUGGACUUGGCCCGACGGGGCUGUCGUCAAUCCCUCGGACUUCUGCCCCGUCACCUUCCAGGAGCUCGUGUACCGUGCCGUUGAGUGUCGGCAGUUCGCCAAGGCCCUCCCCAGCACCAAGAGUAAGCUCACGGCCCAGCAGAGGGGCCACUUGCGUAGCACUGUGGUUUGGGGGCAGUGGCCCCAGAAGCGUCAGUGGGCCGAGGGGUAUGGCACCACGCCUGCCUGCUUGCUCUGCCCGCAGGCCGAAGGUGCGCUGCUGCGCAGGCACUGCUCUUGUGCGCGCCUCGACAGCCUCGAGGGCGCCCCGGCGUUUCGUGCCAAUGUAGCGCGAGCAGCGCACUCGCCGCUAGCCCUCGCAUUUGCUGAACGCUGCCUGGCCCCUUUUCCCGCAAUUGCGAUGCCGCCACCUGGGCAACCAGUGCGCUGGGGGCUCGGAGGACCUGACAGUUUCACGGGUGACAUCUACCCUGAUGGGUCGGUAUUUGAAGCUGAGCAUCCCAGCCUCGCGAGUGCGGGCUGGGGGUGCGUGGCGCUUCAUCCCGACCGCCUUCAGGGUGUCUCGUUUUGCUCUGGCCCUGUGCUCGACCCGUUGCAGUGUAUCAGUGCUGCUGAGUUCAUCGCUGUCAUCCAUGUGCUGCGCGUUGCAGCGCCGCCAGUGCGUGUGCUCUCGGACUCUGCUUUUGUUGUGGAUGGUUUCCACGAACGUGGGCGUGUGUCCACCACCGCCUUUAUCGCUGCGCAUGCUCACCUCUGGAGGGAAUGUUGGCGGUUGGUGGAUGACUGGGGGGACGGGUUUGAGCUCUCGAAGGUCAAAAGCCAUGCGGCCGCAAGUGACAUCCAGCAUGGGCGCGCCACGGAGCGCCACAGGUUUGGCAAUAUGAUGGCCGACCGUGCUGCUAAGAGUGCCGCUGCGUAUGCGAGGGCGCCGCGUCAAGACCGCGCGCAACUGCAGGCCCGCUCCAAAGUUGUCAAGACCUGGGGAGGCUGGAUCGGCCGACUCAGCGAGGGGCUCGAAGAUUGUGGCCACCCCAAGCGGCAUAAACGGGGCAAGCCGCGUCUUCCAAGGCUUUUUGUUGUGCGUGAGCCCGCCCCAUCCGACGUGGCCUCUCGCGCGCUGGCGGCGCAGAGUAAGCUAGAGGAUGGAGCGCGUAAGCAUGAACUUGUACGGAUUGCCCUUUGCGAAGGUCCCACGAUCGUGGGCUGUGCGCGCUGUGGCAACUUCGCAGCUGUGCGCGUCGCAGCGCUCAGCCAGCCUUGCCCGCCUGUGGCCACCGAUCAUGCCAUGAAGGUGCCCAAGCGGCUCGGCAAAGGCGAGUUUCGCCUUGGUGCGAAGGUGUUUCGUGUCAAGGCGCAGGCGCCGUUGGUAGAGGCCGCCGUCGCCGACCCACUCCCCGCCUCCCAGCUGGUGGCGGUCGAUGACAGUUCG